GGUGGCGGCCGCGGAACGCACACUAUGGCUCCGGGUUCCCUGCGCCCGCCGCUGCCGCUCCUCGUGCUGGGGCUGGGGCUGCUUUGCGCCGCGAGCGGGGAGCAGGCGCCAGGCACCGGCCCUUGCUCUCGCGGCAGCUCAUGGAGUGCGGACCUCGACAAGUGUAUGGACUGCGCGUCGUGCCCGGCGCGACCGCACAGCGACUUCUGCCUGGGCUGCGCUACGGCACCUCCCGCCCCCUUCCGGCUGCUCUGGCCCAUCUUGGGGGGAGCCCUGAGCCUGGGCCUGGUGUUGACGCUACUUUCUGUCUUCCUGGUCUGGAGACGGUGCCGCAGGAGAGAGAAGUUUACCACCCCCAUAGAGGAGACCGGUGGAGAGGGCUGUCCAGGUGUGGCACUGAUCCAGUGACUGAGUGACCAUACUGUGCCUACUCACCAUUCAUUCAUUCAUUCUGGAGCCAGCCCCUGCCUUCCAGACACAGCCAGGGCCGAGCUCUUCGAACCACAGGGGGUGGGGUGGGGUGGGGGUGGUGAAUCACCUCCAAGCCCUGAACCAGGCAUAGGAGCCUUCCAAGAUGUCUGACUGCUGUCUUUGGCUCCAGGACAGAAAGGGAGCCUCAUGCUGGCUUACACAGACCACACCAAGAAACUGCAGUAUUUGCACGAGGGGGCCUUCUGCUUCCCCUGAUGCCCUGGAGGCCCGGCUGACAAAACAGCGGGCCCCACCCACUCAGAUGGACUGAAAUUCCACCAUCAGGGUCUCAGCCUGGGGGUUAGGGACCUGUUCUUGACACUAGGGGGCUGGCUCUCUAGUAGGGCUGGUCCUAAAAUAAAGAACCCCCCAGCCUCCAAAGGGGGGAAAGGGAUAUUUAUUUGGGGGAGAAGCUUUAGAGGGGAGAACUUAUUAAUAAAAGAAUCUUUAACUUUAAAUGGUUCG